AUGCGACAUGGACGAGACGAUGUGAUCUUGGUGUACCUAGGUACCACCAUCCACAACAACAUCAAUUGCAGGGUCUACCCUUCCGCGGAACAAUGCACCAUUGUGCGAAUUUGUUCAGAGGCUGCAAAUGUGGAGAAGCGAAAGCCAGCCCGGUCGCGGCCCAAGGGAAGAUCGUUGCACUGA